CCAAAUGUUGUCGCCAUGAACAUGAAAGACGGAUGUUUGCACGGCGUGCCUGAUAGUAGAACUACGAUGCCAGUAUUUCAAACACGUGCAUGGACCUAUUAAGAAGCUUUGUUGUCUAAAAGAUGUCUCGUAUUGACAGAAUUCGGUCCCUUCCUUCACUGUGUUAAUUCUGAAGCGAGUGUUCCAAUCAACAGUAUCAUGAAGGUGGCAUCCCUUGGACCACAACUAUCCACGUUAGCCAUUUCGGCCCUUCGGGAACCCUUUCUCGCUACAUUUCCAGAAGUGCUACUCUCGACUCAGUCUAGCCGUGAUUUUCUUCAAGAUUUCACCUGGUCAGCAAACUUCACCAGUUAUACGGGACUAGUUGAACAAUAUUCGCAAAGAAAACUUUCUUAUCGAACCGAUGCGCUGAACGCGUUUUCAGGGAUCGUUGAUCUGUCUCAAGCUGGUACACCUCCAGAUUCUGAUCCCGACAGCACCCUGACCUUUGACGUGUUACAUUUCACGACUGAAACUACUAAACGGAGUUCGUUCUAUUUCACUUGUAUGCGAUUAGCGCGUGCACUGCCAUCGGGAAAGAGUAACUGUCUCCCAAAUUGGACUCCAUUGUUUGAAACCGAAUCUAUGACACGACAUUGCGGAAUUCUUUACGCCGGUGAUCGCGUGCCUAUAUUACAUCCUGAUGACGGCAGCUAUGAAUACAUUCUGCUUUCACGGAGUUUGUAUCCAGGAGACACAGCCGAGGGUAAACUCCCCCCAGAAUUCACUUAUGGCCUAAAAAUUAACAGAGCCAUCUCCGAUCAUGAGCUUUAUGAGCCUUCGAAAUGGUGUCUCUCCAACAUCAUGCUCAUCCGAUGGAAUACGAGCCGAACGCGUGCGGAGCGAAUUGCUAUUGGGCAGGUUCACGAAAAGGCGUGGGAAGACGCAAUGCCUCAGAAUAAUUACAUCGAACUCGUAUAGAGCCCCCACGUCAGCAUGCUUUGAAGUAUGA